AUGCGACCGACAAGUGGGAUUCUCUUAACUCCCGCCCUAUCUGACCGGUCAAACAACCAGUCAGAAGGGAUGCUUUGGAAAGAUGUGUGCCAAAAGAAGUCCGACCAUUUGGUCGCAAGUGGCUCCAACGCGUCCCAGGCUUCAGUGGAUACUAUGGGAUGCCGACAGCCUCCAUCUAGUACGGCCUGGCUUCUGCAGACUCAGCAUGAAGAGUUCAGUCUGGCUGACGGCGUGAUUGGCGUAGAGCCGCCCAUGACGUGUACUAGCGAGACCCACUCAAAGAUGGCCACGUCUCGUGAUCUCGAAAAAGAAAUCCGCUCUCAAACCUUGUGUACCAGAGACAUUUGUAGUCGUCAUCUGCCGCCAACUUUUCAACCUCCCGAGCACGAGGAUGAGAGACCUGAUUCUCCUCCAGAAUCGGUCAAAUCGCCACGUCUACAGAACUUUGUCGCCCAACCAACGACCAUUGCUAGUCGGCCGAGGCACUUGCCACAGUCAGCGUCAGCCGACAAGUCCUCCUCCUUCCAGCUGCUUCCCAGGCAAGCGGACAAAAGUGAAACGAAUUCGGUCUCCGAGAGGUCAGUCGUCACCGGUCCAUCUCACCAAACGCGAAGGCUCUUGCCUGAAGGACUCAAACGGUCUUUGGACCAACAGGGCAGUGAAGUGAUACAGCCGCAGGGAUCCGACAAUUCCGAUGUCCCGACUGAGUCAAAGCGGCUAAAUGAUUCGUAUUUCCGAGGCUUCUGUCCGUCCGCCCUGUCUCUCUGUGGAGGCCAUUGCUUCUGCACAAGAGGCAGACGAAACCUGCCCCGACUACAUGUACCCCGGAUCAGGGACGUCAACAAAAUUGACAAAUAUUCGCGCUUUAUCUUCCCUCUUUUGUUCAUUCUCUUCAAUAUUGGCUAUUGGUACUCCUACCUGUUGCCCUGGACCCCUUGGUCGAGUUGA